AUGAAGGAAACAUCUCAAGAAGGGUUUCCAAUUUCUUGCGUCGUACGGAAACCAAGCCAUGUUUCUAAGGCUAAAGCAGGAUUUAAUACAAGCCUUAGACAAGAUGAUCUUUUUCAGUCAAAGUAUGUUAACGCUAGUGUUAAGGAGCCGUUUUCUGCUGCGGCAACAAACUCUAAAUCUGGUUUGCAGAAAUCCUCCGUUUGUAAGACCAAGACUACUCCUGGGGUGGAUAUUGCAGAACUGUCUGAAGGUUCUGAUUCAAGUGAGAAUAAACGGAACAAGGCUUUAAAUGGAGCACUCGAUGACUUGCUUCGACUAUGUAAGAAGGACGACUUUGUAUCCCGGGUUCCUAGGCAGAAAAACCUUGCUUCAACACAAGUUCACCCAUUCAUCGGAAGUUCAUUGGUUAAGCGUAUACUGCGGGGUAAGACGCUGUCCCCUACAGUUUACGAUCCGUUUGAAAAGGCGACACAAUUGUCGGUGGAUAUGCUAGUGGCCUUCAUUCGACAUGAUCUGGAUAACCCAUUAGAGACAAGCAACGGUGCAGCUAACUUCUAUUUGAGGAUAAUGACACCUAAAGAGAAAUAG